AUGCCCAAGGCAACCUCGCAUGGUUGCGACUCGGAGUCUGCGUCGCCAAACUCGUCGCCUUUAAAGACACCCAAGCGUCAAACAAAGAAGAAGGCCAAACUAAUUACAGAUGAAGCUUCUUGGCCUUGUUCCAAUAUCCCAGAAGGGCGAACAAUAAAUAAGACUCGGGCUCGUAAAGAAUACAAGCUCAGUGACAAAGAUAUCAGGGAUCUCCCAUACGUCCGAGUCGAGGACGAAAACUUCCAUGGCGGAAACUACCGUAAACCCAUGAUGCUCUAUCAGGAGAGAGACAUAGAGCUGACAGCCUGGAGGAAAUACGGUGGACCAGUGGGGUUCCAAGCACACCUACAGGAAAGGCACGCCGAGUGGCUCUCGAAGGGGCGCAAGGGUGUGUGGCAUGAACCGACAAAGUAUGGACUCUCCGUGCAAUUGAUUACCCAGCCACCUGCGGGCGUUCCGGUCGACACAUGGGCCGUAACUCCAGAACUCGUACGAAAAAGGGACUAUCUGAAGGCAAACGGACGACUCUGGGUAUGGGAUGCAUACAAUAAGGCUCUCGACAAUGCCUUGGGACGGGGUGAGGCGGUCCGUUUGGGGUGCAGCGUGCCACACCAGAAGCUUCGUGAAGCUGCGCUCUGCGAUCUCAAUCAAUCCAAGAAAUAUCCGCCUCGUCCAUCUCUGGAACAGCUUGCUUCAACCUCUUUUGAUAGCCUGCGCGAGGUUCUUAAAGAUGCACCCGUACCCAAGGGACCGUAUGUUGAGGUGGAUGGUCUAGACUGGCAUGACCAUGAAGAUGGUGAGACGAGUAUCUACUGGGCUGAAGGAUACCUCAAUCGACUAUUCACGGCUCUCAAUGCCGUCAUCGACGAACAUGGGUCAGGAGAAAACGGUUGGAAGAGUGCCCGUUGGAUGGUGUAUGAUACAUACUCCCAAUCAUUUGCUGGAAUUUAUUAUCAUGAUGUCAAGAUGGAAGUUGUAGAUGAUGCAUAUGAAUGGCUUUGUGGCCGGCUUAUCCACUCUGAAAACUUUGCCAUCACCACAAGAAUGGAUGAAUGCUCAGAACUUGGAAAGCGGUAUAAUGAGAUGUUGCCUAGGCUCUCUCCCGGGGAAUAGCUGUACAAUUAGUGCUAGCUACAUAAAGAUCUGUACAAAAUACUUGUAAGAUAAGGUGUAU